GUGUUCAUACAUAUAGAAUGUAAUAAUAGAGAACAAACCAGUUUUCUUCAUUCCUGUAUUUGUAACCGAGCAAAUUUCAAACAUUAAUCACAGCAUCUUGGCGAAAAUCUCCAUAAAUUUCUAUACUAAAAAAAGAAAAUAAAACUAUGUAAUUAAUACAAUUUAUUAGGCAAACAAAAUUUUCGUUCGGAGCCAAAAAAGUGAUUUUUAUAAAUUUUGAAUAAUUUAAAAACAAAUUGCAUAAUGACACCAUUUAUGAUGUUUAUAUUGACGGUGAUUGCAAUCGCAGUCAUUCGCAUUAUCAUCCAGGUGUUUAAAUUUUUCAAGUUUUGUGCGGAUGUUAAUAAACUUCCUGGACCAGCAAGAUAUCCACUGCCGACUGUUGCCUUUCAAGUCAGAAAACUUAAGCAAGAAGAUCGUUUCAAAUGGGUUUUCGAUUUAUUGGCGAAAUAUCAAAAAGGAUUUAUGAUGAAUAUUAUGCAAUUUAAUGAAGCUUUGGUUCAUAUUUACAAUCCUCGCCACAUGGAGAUCAUUUUCCCGAGUACAGAGAAUAUAAAAAAAUCGUUUGCCUACGACAAUUUGAAUCCGUGGCUAGGCCAAGGGCUUCUAACAUCUUCUGGCCAAACAUGGUUUCAUCAGAGAAAACUAAUAACGCCGGCAUUUCAUUUUGGAGUUGUGGAUCAAUUUGCGGAGGUCAUGUCAGAAAAAUCAAGAGUAUUGACGGAAAUAAUUGACGAGACACUGCGCGAGAAUCCUAACGAGCCAAUUGAUAUUUUCAAACUCAUUAUCAGAUGUGCUCUCGAUAUUAUUUGCGAAACGGCAAUGGGAGUGAAUAUGAAUGUUCAAAGAAAAUACGAUACCGAUUACAUGAACGCACUACACAAAGUCGCUCAGUCAUUAGUCGAAAGAGUAAAUUAUCCAUGGCUAAAGUGGGAUUGGAUUUUUUAUCGAACCAAAGGAGGUAAAGAAACAAAAGUCGCAUUCGAAACAAUGAUUGAUUUCACAAUGAAGAUUAUCAAGAAGAAGAAAUUAGCCCGACAAUCCGGAGUUAAUGAACCCAAAGAAAUAGAAUCAGACGAAUUUGGUAAACGGAAAAGAAAAGCCUUCUUGGAUCUUUUGUUAGACGUGAAUGAGAACGAGAAAAAUCCCAUGACCGAAGCCGAAAUCAGAGAACAAGUGGAUACAUUUAUGUUUGCUGGCCACGAUACGACGGCCGCUGCCAUCAACUGGGCGAUAUUUAAUCUCGGUAAUAAUCCCGAAGUCCAAGAAAAAGUCCAUCAGGAAUUAGACGAAUAUUUCGGUGACGAUUAUGAUCGUCCAAUUACAAUAAAAGACGUUGCAGAGCUAAAGUAUCUCGACCGGGUAAUUAAAGAAACUCUCCGAAUGCAUCCAUCGGUACCGCAAAUUUCACGACGUUUGACCGAAGAUAUUAAAUUAGACGGAUACAUGGUUCCCAAAGGAGUUAACUUAGCAAUUGCCAUCUACCACUUGCAUCACAAUCCCAACGUUUGGCCGAAUCCAGAGAAAUUCGAUCCCGAUAGAUUUUUGCCGGAAAAUUCACGUGGACGUCAUCCUUACGCCUAUGUUCCAUUCAGCGCUGGACCAAGAAAUUGCAUUGGACAGAAAUUCGCCGUAGCCGAGCAGAAAAUUGUUCUCACAUCAAUUUUACGUAAAUGGCGUGUUAAGAGUGCAAGAACACCCGAAGAAAUGAAACUGAUUUCGAGUUUUAUUCUGAGACCACACGACGGUAAUCCCGUGUACUUUAUUCCAAAAUAAAUUUUUAAAUUUGAGAAAAAAAAAUUUCCCAACCGCUAGAAAAAAACUGCCAAUCAAAUAUUUUAUCAAACCUUUUUUGGUAUUCUUUUUAUAAUAGAAUUAUGUAAAAUUAAAAUUAGAAUUUAAUUAUUGUUUAGUCUCAAGCCCUUUUUCUACGAAUAAUGAAAUUUGUAUUUUUUAGAAAUAAAAAAUAAAAUCGAAAUUUGAAAAUAUA